AUGCCUUUCACAGGAGUGGUACUCAUCAUUGGAGCGGGGCCCCGCAUUGGAAUGUCCGUCGCAUCCAAGUUCGCGAGUAAUGGCUACAAGGUCGCCCUAGUUGCUCGCAAUUUUUCAAAAGGGUUUUCUGCAGAAGGUUAUCUCAACAUCCAGGCCGAUCUGUCUGAUCCCAAUUCUGUUCCAUCAAUAUUCCAAACUGUAGGGAAAGCGUUUAGCGUUCCCAAUAUCGUCGUUUUCAACGGGGCUAACCGUCUCAUAACUCCUCACGACGACCCUCUCUCCGCACCCUUGGGAACCAUCAAUGCAGCUCGCACAGUCGGUUUUGAUAGUGCCUAUAUCGCCGCUCAGCAUGCUUUACAGGGUUUCAGAAUGCUUCCCACUUCAACACCCACAGCGUUCAUAUAUACUGGUAACACAUUGAACCAGAUCGCAAUCCCAGGCGUGAUGCCCUUUGCACUUGGGAAAGUGGCUGCAGCGAUGCUUGUAGAAUAUGCCGCCAACGCAUAUGGUACAGAUAGUUACAGGUUUUACUUCGUCGAUGAGCGCAAACCCGAUGGACGACCAGCGGGUUUUCAGAUCGAUGGUGAUGCACAUGCAGAAAUGUUUUGGACAUUAGCUCAUGAGCCCAAACAGUCAAAGUGGUUGGUUACCUUUACAAAGGAUGGGGGGCGACAGGCAUUCGCUGGAGUCGACUUCAAUGGCAAUACUAGGCACUCGUAUGAUGAGAAGUUUGGUAGAUAA